AUGUCCAUGAUCGAUCGAAUCACUUUGCCCUCUGAACCCCCUACUCCUGUUUCUCCUGCCUCUUCCGCCAUGCAAGGAAGAAGGGCCGUGACAAGAAGUAGGAGUGGAGUCCUUGUGGAGACUCAGACACCUGGGUCAGCUACCAGUUCGGGAUCAGGGGAUGGAAGGUCUCAUCGUUGGAGAGAUCCAUCUGGAAGGAGUAGAAGUCGUUCACGUGAGGCUUGGAGCAUGCUUGGAGGUUUCAUGCAAGGGAAAACCAAUGGGCAAACUGAAGAGAGCGAAGAUGGUGAGGAGGAGAUAAUGGACAUGGAUGAAGAUGUUGCACCAUUAACUCUCUUUCGUGCGCCUACUCUACCGUCAUGUUCCCUUAUGGCCGAAUUUCGUCGUACUUCAACUGGUCCCCCUCUCCCUCCAGCUUUCUACCCCGGUCAAGCUAUUCCCACCAUCCUCACUUUCAACUUAGAUCGUCGUUCUUCUCUCCCACAUUCUCUUCGUCCUCAACUCUCCAUGUCACUAGUCGGCACCCUUCACCUAGCUUCCAAAGCCACUCGUACCAUCGUCUGCGUUUCAGUUUCAUUACAAGAAGGUCUUACACUUUGGGCACGCGAUGCCGCUUGUGCACUUCGAAGUGUCACUUCUUCCCCUCCUCCACUUGAAGGUCUUCCAGGUGGAAUAUACAACCUUCCACUAACCGUUCAAGUCCCAACCACACCACGUUUACCACCAAGUUUCAGAGUUCGAAAUGCUGGAUUUGGGGUAAGUUACAAUCUCGUCGUCAGUCUGACCUGCGAUUCGAUACCUCCCACUCAAGGACAAUCAAUAAUGAAAAGAGUUGUUUUAGCCGAAACUGCAGUCCCAUUCGAUAUGCUUCCUGAAACUUUACCUACCCCUCCUGUUUAUUAUCGUCCAUCUGCUUUUUACGUCAGAGAUUUUCAUGGUGACGAUGGAGGGAUCGUCGGUGUGAAAGGAUCCAUUCGUCGUCCUAACGCACUUUGGUCUGUUAAUAUAUCAAUACCAACAGCAGCUUAUAGUCCAAGUGAACAAAUCCCAAUUAAUAUCAAUUUAACACCACCACAAGAACAACCUACUGGAAAAUACGCUGAAAAAUAUCAUAUUUUCAUUAAAGCAAGUUUAACAAGAAGAGAACAUAGUUCAAUAUCACCACCUUCACCACCACCUUCAUCAGUACCUUUACCACAACCAACAAAGAACGCUGCGGGUUUAUACCUGAUAGGAGAAGAAGAAAUAUGUUCAAGUUGGGGUUGGGUAGAAUCAAAUGAUAUUUCAACUAUUCAUUUACCAAAUUUAAUACUUCCUUUAGUUUCUUCAGGUCAAUCAUGGGAAUACGGUUUUUCAACAGUUUUAAACGUAGGAAAUCAAAGUUAUGUGCAAGAUUCAACUAGGAACAAUCAAAAUUCUAAUGGUGUUUCAAUAAGUUCAACUUUUCAAAUAAACGUCGUAACUGCUUUUUUAUCUUUACCAUUACAUUCGAAAAAAUCAAAAAUCACAGAUUUCAUACCUUUUUUACCACCCAUGGGUAUCUUCACACAACCAGGUUUAUCACCUGAUAAAUUGAAAAUGAACGUAAUGAAAAGAUAUUUCUCAGGUACUAUAAAAAAUCAUUCGAUAUCUAUUACAGUUGGGAGUGUCAGUGAACCUAGGGGUGCUAUGCAAAGUACUUGUUGGAGUGAAUUACAAUUGGAUAGAACGGAAGAUGGUAGGGAAACUGGAACGGGUAGAAUGGUAGCUGGUAGAAGUACGACUUCUGAGAACGGUUGGAUUUUACCUCCUCCUAGUUAUAAAGAAGCUGUGGCUCAACCUCCUUACAUCUAG